AUGUUGCGCUCGCGUAUUUUCCGCCCUCCGUAAAACUCCCUCCCACUCCCCAUCACUGAUCGCCCCCGAAUACAAAGACAACCACCCUCCCCGAAUCCCACAGCUCAUAUCCCAUCCGCUCCAGGUAUCUCCUCCACUCACCACAUGUCCCUCCUCCAAGAAACCUCCCGGAUACGCGCGCACGCACGAACUCUCGCCGAAUUCAUACGCCGCGGUGAGGGCAAGCUAGCUAUUCUGACGGGGGCGGGGAUAUCGACCGAUAGCGGCGUGCCGGAUUAUAGAGGGCCGACGGGCAUUUAUGUGCGGAAUAAGGACUACCGCCCCAUCCGCUUCCAGGAGUUCAUCUCCUCGCACCCCACCCGGCAACGCUACUGGAGCAGAUCAUACCUGGGCUACCCGCGCAUCGUGAAAGCGCGGCCAAAUACCGCACAUUACGCCGUCGAGGCGUUGCGGAAGAAGGGGUGGGUGAGCGGGCUGAUCACGCAGAAUGUGGAUGGGCUGCAUUUGGGGGAGAAGAUCGAGCUGCAUGGGACGCUGCACGAAGUCCACUGCCUAUCCUGCCAGCACACAGUCCGGCGGUCCGAGUUCCAACAAACCGUCGCAGACAUGAACCCAGAACUGGUAGAAUGGGCGCGGCGGAAUCCCAACGCGGAGAGCGGCGACGUGGCCAGCUCGACUGAAGUGAGACCGGAUGGAGACGUCGAGACCUCGUGGGACUACUCGCGGUUCCAUUAUCCGGACUGCGAGGGGUGUGGGAAGGGGAUGUACAAGCCCAGCGUAGUCUUCUUUGGCGAAAACAUCCGCCAGCAAAUAAGAGACCAAUCCUUCGACCUCAUCGACGCAUCCCGCGCCCUGCUCUGCAUCGGCACAUCGCUACAGGUCUACUCGGCAUUUCGCCUCGCCCAGCGCGCUAAACUCGCCGGCCAGCCCUGCGCGACGCUAUCGCUGGGAACAUCGAGGGCGGAUGAGCUGAUGGAUGCGAAGAUACAGGAUGGGUGUGGGGAGGUGCUGGAGGCUGUUUGUGGGGAGUUGGGAGCGAGUUAGAGAUGGUGGUGGUGAGGAAUGCGCACGGGCACACGGCGACGGUUUUUGGCAACCCUCAACACCGGGAGAGGCUUUUUUGGCAUGUAUCCCCGUCACCACAACGCCCCCCCAUCAUCUGACAUAGAGUAGCUUGGUUAUAGACCCUCACAGAUUACAAAACUGGAUCUUAUCUUGUAGUUUACAAUCCCGAUUCAGCAUUAGAACAACCCAAAAUAUUUUUAUGUGACUAUGACUAUCUGCCUAGCGUAGAGGGGGAGGGGGAGGGGAUAC